CCGCAACCCUCUCACUCACCAACUCAAUCAAUUUCUUCCAAACCCUAAACCAAAUCCCAUUUCUUCAAUUCGCUACUCCUUCAUUGUUAGUUUCCAUGGCCAGCAUCAAGUGUGCGUGCGUCGUUGCCCUCCUGUGCUUGGUGGUUGCCACCGCACCCACGGCACAUGCCAUCACCUGCGGCCAGGUCGCAAGUUCCCUCACUUCAUGCAUCCCAUUCAUCACCAAGGGUGGGAUCGUGCCGCCGUCAUGCUGCGCCGGAGUGAAGUCCCUCAACGCCGCCGCAAAGACCACCCCAGACCGCCAGGCCGUGUGCAAUUGCCUCAAAAGCGAGGCCGGCAGGAUCGGUGGAUUCAAUGCUAACAACGCAGCCAUACUCCCGGGCAAGUGUGGCGUCAGCAUCCCCUACAAGAUCAGCACCUCCACCAACUGCGCUAGUAUCAAGUUUUGAAGAAGUCACAGAACCUGGCACUGGAAACUACUCAUUAUAGCAUGAGUAUAUUAUAUCCUGAAUAGUAUAAGAAUAAGACAAAAGGUGACGAGGGCUCCACUUAUAUGCCUCUCUCAUCUUGAAUGAGCUAUUUUAUUUGUACUAAAGAGUUUUUAAUUAUGUUGUAAUGAUAUUUCCUCCUAUAUCCACUUUACAUAUGGUUUCUCAUCAA